GAGACGCGCUCAGAUAUACUGAGUGAGCCCUGAGAAGCAGUCUCAGAUCCUGACGGUGCAGCAGCCUGCAGUCUCAGCCAGGGAGUCCCAGCCGCUUUCAAUGGAGGAGAAGCCCGGCCAGCCACAGCCUCAGCACCAUCACAGCCACCACCAUCCGCACCAUCAUCCCCAGCAGCAGCAGCAGCAGCAACAGCCGCACCACCACCACCAUUAUUAUUUCUACAACCAUAGCCACAACCACCACCACCACCAUCAUCACCAGCAGCCUCACCAGUACCUGCAGCAUGGAGUCGAAGGCAGCCCCAAGGCCCAGCCAAAGCCGCUGAAACAUGAGCAGAAACACGCCCUCCAGCAGCACCAGGAAACGCCGAAGAAGAAAACAGGUUAUGGUGAACUAAAUGGUAAUGCUGGAGAAAGAGAGAUAUCUUCAAAGAAUCUGGGUUCUGAUGAAGCUACCAACCCUUUCUCCAGGGUCCUCAAUGGCAACCAGCAAGUUGUAGACACUAAUGUGAAGCAGACUGUAAAGGCCAGCACCUUUGGGAGAGCAGGAAUUAAAACCAAGAAUUUCAUUCAGAAAAACAGUAUGGACAAAAAGAAUGGAAAGUCUUAUGAAAAUAAAUCUGGCGAAAACCAAACUGUAGACAAGACGGAUACUGUAGCGAUUCCAAAUGGUGUUGUAACAAAUAAUUCUGGCUAUAUUACUAAUGGUUAUAUGGGCAAAGGGGCAGAUAAUGAUGGUAGUGGAUCUGAGAGCGGAUAUACCACUCCUAAAAAAAGGAAAGCUAGGCGCAAUAGUGCCAAGGGUUGUGAAAACCUUAAUUUAGUGCAGGACAAAAUAAUGCAACAAGAGACCAGUGUCCCAACCUUAAAACAGGGACUUGAAACUUUCAAGCCUGAUUACAGUGAACAAAAGGGAAAUCGAGUAGAUGGUUCUAAGCCCAUUUGGAAGUAUGAAACUGGAGGAACAAGUCGAGGAAAACCUUCUGUGGGUGAUAUGCUGCGGAAAAGCUCUGAUAUUAAACCUGGUGUGAGUAGUAAAAAGUUUGAUGAUCGGCCCAAAGGAAAGCAUGCUUCAGCUGUUGCCUCUAAGGAGGAUUCAUGGACUCUAUUUAAACCACCCCCAGUUUUUCCAGUGGACAAUAGCAGUGCUAAAAUAGUUCCUAAAAUAAGUUAUGCAAGCAAAGUUAAGGAAAACCUCAACAAAACUGUACAGAAUUCUUCUGUGUCUCCAUCUUCAUCUUCAUCCUCUUCGUCAUCUGCUGGGGAAACUCAGACCCAGUCUUCAAGCCGGUUAUCCCAGGUCCCUAUGUCUGCGCUGAAAUCUGUUACUUCUGCCAACUUUUCUAAUGGGCCUGUUUUAGCAGGGACUGAUGGAAGUGUAUAUUCUCCAGGGAGUCAGCCACUGCUAACUACUGCUGCUAAUACUCUGACACCCAUCUCUUCUGGAACUGAUUCAGUUCUCCAGGACAUGAGUUUAACUUCAGCAGCUGUUGAACAAAUUAAGUCUAGCCUUUUUAUCUACCCUUCAAAUAUGCAAACUGUGCUAUUGAGCACAGCACAAGUGGAUCUGCCCUCUCAGACAGAUCAGCAAAACCUGGGGGAUAUCUUCCAGAAUCAGUGGGGUUUAUCAUUUAUAAACGAGCCCAGUGCUGGCCCUGAGACUGUUAUUGGGAAGUCAUCAGAUCAUAAAGUAAUGGAAGUGACAUUUCAAGGGGAAUAUCCUGCCACUUUGGUUUCACAGGGUGCUGAAAUAAUCCCCUCAGGAACGGAGCAUCCUGUGUUUCCCAAGGCUUAUGAGCUGGAAAAACGGACUAGUCUUCAAGUUCUGGGUAGCAUUAUAAAAUCUGGGACUACCAGUGAGAGUGGAGCCUUAUCCUUGGAAUCCAGUCAUAUAGGUGACCUGCAAAAAGCAGACACCAGUAGUCAAGGUGCUUUAGUGUUUCUCUCAAAGGACUACGAGAUAGAAAAUCAAAAUCCUUUGGCCUCUCCCACGAACACUUUGUUAGGCUCUGCCAAAGAACAGAAAUACCAGAGAGGCCUAGAAAGGAAUGAUAGCUGGGGUUCUUUUGACCUGAGGGCUGCUAUUGUAUAUCACACUAAAGAAAUGGAAUCUAUUUGGAAUUUGCAGAAGCAAGAUCCCAAAAGGAUAAUCACUUACAAUGAAGCCAUGGAUAGUCCAGAUCAAUGAAGGUAGCAGGACCAGACUGCCUAUUCGUAACCUUUCUGCAGCAUUAGAGCCACCGUUCAUGGGGGACGCAAGGCUUUUAUGCUCCUAGAUCUUCAAUGCAGCAGAGGAACCAUAAGUAGAAUCACAGGAUAAUAUAUACAAAUAUAUAUAUAUAUAUAUAUAGUUAUUUAAAAAAAAGGCAACUGAAAGUAAUUAGACUUCUUAAGGAAUCAAAAAUUAUUUCAAGAGACUACACAUGGUUAUUUAAUCUCCGGUACUGAAUAGUUUUUCCUCCCCGCCCCCCUUUUUUUAGAUUUUGUUUUUAAGAGUGAAUGCAAGUGAGUAAUGAAUACAGACUUAACAAGCGUGGUUCUAAAGUUCCUGCUGUCAUCAACUUGGGCAACAAAUGACCCACUGGAAAGGCAAAUCCACUUAAAAGAUCUCUGUAUCUUGUUCGGUGACUAAAGUGAUACACUAAUCACGGGGAACCCAGAAUGAUUCAACAUUUUCCCCACUCCUCCCUUGAUCUUUGGUUUUACUUUGAACCCUGCAAGAAUGCUGGAUAAAUGCCUUGAAGUUUGCAGGGGUAUAUUUUUUUUAGCGAAUAUGAUUUGCAUGUCUUGCCAGGAGUUAAGCUCGACCUCUGUGGGGUGUUGGGGAAAUACUUCUCUUUCUUUCCUUUUAUUUUUUUGUUGGGUGGGGAGAGGGGAGGGCAUUAAAGUUCUACAAUUCUGAAAUAGUUGGUGGUACAUAGUCACUUGGCUUUGGUUACACAUUGGACUUUUACAACUGAAGAAUCCAUGAGUGUCAUUUAAAGAAAAGUUGCAGAACAAGCAAUUGGCUUAGGUAUUUAAUAUGGAAAAAAUACCCCUGUUCCCAUAUUUUAAUGUAAUUGUAUAACUGGGAGCAAAAACAUACUCUGCUUUUCAACUGUAGAUGCUCCAGACUUGCUAUAUGUCAGUAACACUAAAUGUGCUGUUUUCCUUGUUUUUCAUCAAACAUCUGAAGAGAAAUUAUUGUAUCUUUCUGUAAAUUCUCUCCCUUUUAAUUUCUCAGAAAAAUCUAACAGGAAGAAAAAAGCCCAUUAAAACUAAAACUUUUCAUGUUUUUAGCCAGUGAGGAGGUAAUAAACCCUGCCUGUAGAAAGUGUUUUCAUGCAAACUAUACUUUUGAGCUUUUUAGCUUCUAAUGAUAUCUUUAUAAAUAUAUUUUAUUACUAGAGCAAAAUGGGUGUUUUAAGGAAAAUAAUGUGAAAUUCUGGAAAUUUUUCUUUUGGGCAGAGAAGAGCAAAGCCCUGUCUUACCAUCACAUUGCCAUCCUGUUGCACUGCAGCUUGUGUAUAGCAUGCUAAAAUAAAUUUUAUUGUGUGUGCAGAAACUAAGGGUCCAAUUUAAGAUUGGGUGAUGGCAUAAAAACAAGUUCUCUGGCCUGACAUAGCAUCACAUCACACACACAGAAAUUAGUAUAUCCAUGUAUGUCAAAUACAGGUUAAGAUAGCAGGGCAUUUUAUAUGACGUGUAGUCUUCUAAUAAAAGUAGGUUAUAUCCCCCGGAGCAUUUGGGGGAGAAAGUAACUGCUUUUGCUCUACCUGUCUGCUUACGAAAUGUCCAGUUUUGAGAGACUGUAGUAUGAAUGGGUUUUCUUGUUUUGUUGGUUAUUUGGGGCUUUUAACAAGUAGUUCAUGAAAGAAGCUGUUGGACUCAACAUAGAUAGAGAAAUUAAAAAUAUCUUUUUAGUCUGGAUUUCUGCCCUGCUUAGAUUUUAAAAGUAUAAGCAUGGAUUGCCAAUUCCACUUGAUGUAAACAAAACUUUUUAUACAUAAUAUAUAUAUAACUUAUUGUAUCAGUCCAGGUUCAGAAACUUGUGGUAGGCCAGUUCCAGAUAGUUUUCAUUUCACCUGUAAACUGUAUCACUUUUACUGAUAUUGUAAUUUUCAAAUGUAUGAUAUGUUUACAAAUGUGCCCUGCAUUUAGUCUGCCUUGUUCCUGUUUUGAUUUUUGUUGAGUCUCCUGCCUGCUUGCCAAAAGCUAGGAUGCUUCAGGCCCAUGUACAAUUGAAAGCAGAGGCAUCCUUGAGCUUUAAAGCAUUGAACAAACUGGAAAAUACAACAUUACCACAUCCUGAAGUGAAAGAAGUCUGUGUUUCUGUGUUUUUUUAAAUAAAAAAAAUUUUUUUUUAAGUUUAAAAAAAAAAAGAUUGAUUAAAGAAAAAAAAAAAAGGCUCCAGUUUGUUUUAUAGGUUUUAAAGUUCUGCUGUGUGUUCAAUUGCCUUGUGUAAACCACUUGUCGCCUUAGGGCCAGAUUCUUUUUUUUUUAACGUCCAUUUUGCUUGCCUGGAAUUUUAAGGCUCUUCUGGCUCACAACUCACAGGAAAUUUUCUGCAUUUGUGACAUACAGAGAUUGAAUGAAUAUAUAUUUAAAAAGGGAGGGGAAAAAAAAGAACAGAUCCCAUCUGAAUUGAGCUUUUUAGAAGUUUAGAAGCAACAUUUACUUAAUAAAAAAACAACAAAACUUCAGUAAAAAGCUUUGGCUUUCCUACUUCCCUUCAAUAUCCCUCAGGCCUCCAUAUUCAGAGAAGUCAAAAAGAAUUUAUUUAUUCUCUGUUUGCCCAAAGGUUUUUGAGAGUCUCGCUUCUAAAUAAAACAAUGCAACAUAUCACUUAAUUUCUCCAUUGAAGUUUCCUUGAUUGUAUGGUUAGAGGUAUAUAGUUAGAACUGUCUCUUUAACUUUCUGGGAACCCUACUGCCCCAUCAUAUUAACUGUCAGUAUUUUUUGGGCAUUGGGUUAACGGACUUAAUUGCCUAGGUACAAGCAGGACUUUGGGACAAAUCUCUGUGCUGUUUUGUAACACUUAAUUCUCUACUUGUCAAAAUCUCUCCUUAGGUCCUCACACAAUUCCUUACAGAGCACUUAUUAAAAAAAAAUCUUAAGAGUUUUGAUCUGUUUUCUGAUUAUUUUUGUGUAAGCUUCUAAACAAACUUCAGCUGUGAUUAAUUUAGCACAUUUAAAUAACAUUAAUGUGUUAUUGUUGGGUAUAAAGAAUUUUCCUUCAACUCAGAGUAUUAGUACUGUAGCAUAAACCAAAUACAGUCUAGAAGGGAUUUUUAACAUCCUUCCAUUAUAAAGACUGAAAAAGGUGUGUGUCUCUGUGUAUAUGUAUGUUGAGUGCUUGUGUAUGUGUGGGAAAGAGGGAGAUAUUAAAAAUUAGGAAGUGAAUGUGUGUAAGACAUUAGUAUUCAGAGAAAGAGCUUGUAUUUAUUUUGUGCCAUUUGUUUUCAUUACACAGAAUAAAGUCAGGUGGUUUUAAUCCUUAAAAGGGUAGUAUUUGAAAAAUGGCACUAAGAGUGAAAUCAUGACCUAUUUUUUUAAUAGCUAUGAAGAUACUAAUUAUGGGUGAAGAUUUCUUUUUUAUCUUGAUUGUAGGCUUCUGUGUCACAUACCACUCUCCUUGUCUUCAGUAAUCCCCCCUCCCCACAAAAGACAGGGUGUAUUUAUCUUUUUAUUCACCCCCACUUUUCUAAACUGAAAUUAUUUGCAUAGCCUUUCCUCUAAUUUCCUUAGUAAGGAACCUUUACUGUAUUUACUCCAUCUGUAGUGGCCCUUCCUCCACUGCCUUCUUUCUGGAAAGGGAUAGCCAAUAACUAGGAAUUUGUUAAAAACUUUUUUCUUGAAAUAAAUGUCUUGAGAGAUGUUCUCUCUGUUUUAGAAUUUUGCUGUCCUUAUCUGCUUACCUGGUCAUCACUCACAAUCUACAAAAACCUUAUACAGGAGAAAAAGUGCUGCGUUUUUCUUUACAGAUAACAGUUUUUAGGGAAAAUAAGACAAAUUUCCACUGUGGGAGUUGUCCACAAUACAAAAUGUAUUUCUUCACAAAACAUUGCAUAGCAGCAGUAGUUUCAUAGAUGAUUUUUAGGCUUGUUGCUAACCCACAUCAGAGACAUCUAAUGGUUUAUCUUUUGCUUUUUGUUGUAAUUGAUGUAAGCUUUUAAACAUAAAAAAGCCAUCUACUGUGAAAUUUUCUGUCAUGUACCAAAUGGUCACAGGCAAGGAAUUGGACUUUCUCUGAGGGGAGGAGAAAGUCCAGUUUCCAAGGAUUAUGAGUAUAGUUAAACCAUUGGGCCAUGUUCUCAAAUAACAUAUGAUCCCUCUUAUAUAGUUAAUGGUAAUUGUGCGAAACAGACAAGCUAUUGUGAGAAAAAUAUAUAUUAUGGAAAGUAGUUUUUAUCAGGUCUGUUGAUGCUGUACCAGUUGGGGUAGAUUCUGAUAGGGAUGUAUUCUUAGCAGGCUUACUUGUAACUUUUAAAGGAUAGGCUGUAGGAAUUGCUCAUCUCCCCACCCCCACCCCAACCCCUAGGUAUUGAUAUUUGUUUAAAAGGGAGGGGUCAGGCAAAACUAGAAGCAUAAAUAGCUGCUAUAAGUUUGCACAGGCACAUAGAUGAACAUUAGUUCUUAGCAGCAGUGUUGUUUUUAUUACUGUAACUGACAGAGCACCAGGAUUCUUUUAGGGUGUAAAAGAUGGGCUUCGGCUUUGAGUAUCUUAAAAAGUUUCAUUUUAAACAUACAUCAGUCUGUUGAAAUGUGGGAGAACCAGGACCACCCUGGGUUGUGGGUUGGUUUAAAGAAUGAUGAAUCAUUGGCUCCACUCAAAAGCACUGCUUUACUGAGCUUUAAAUUAAAUUUCAUACUGUUUCACUACUCAAGAAAAGGUCUUAAAGUAGUUGAGUGCCAGAAUAGUAUGAAUAAAGUUUUAGGUUGUCUGUGUAAUAAAAACUCCCAGUGAGGCACAAAUAUUAUAGUGCUUUGGGUUACCAGGAGUGUUACAAAGCAGUUAUGGGCUAGAAACCUAAGGAACAGCCAUCCUCAUAUGUGACAGGAUUGCUGAUUCAGACUUCCCUAUUUAUCCAGAAAAUUUCAUGUCCAUGUUUAUAAAGCCAUUUUAUAAUACUGCAGUAUCGUUUUUCUACAGCCUUAUUAAAAUAGCUACACAUAUUUAUUUUCCAAUUCAGUUUCACUUUAUUGUAUAUCACAGUUGUACUCUCCAGACCAACAAACCAACUUGAGGUAAAUUAUAUAGCUUUCCGUGUACCUUUUUUUUUCACCCCUCAGGUGCUAAACAAAAGCUCCAAAAAUGGAUACUGCUUUAGAAACAUCUGCUUUAUUCUUAAAAUAUACAUUUCUUUUGCUAGAUGUAAAAAUUUGGUGUUAACAGAAGUGGUUUUAAUAUGUAAAUAUGAAUGAAUGCCUUUAGUUGCUCGUGUUGUCUGUUAGUCUAUUUCAUUUAUCCUCUUUAGAGGAGGAGCCUUUCAUGAUCUUGAAUACAUUUCAUUAAGUAUUGUUGCAUUUUUAGAAUGAAAAUACAGCUGUUUUCUGUCUUGGAUUAAUCCUGCUGCUAUGAGUAACUGAAAAUCAAGAAUGUGAUGCACUUUUUACAUUACUCUAUAUAGGUUGCUUUGAUACCUUUCCUGUAGCACAGCCACUAACAAAAGUGAAUGAAUUUUAAAAUUCUCUUAGGGAGGGAAUCAGAACUAAUUAAUUCAUAGUUGUUAUUGGCCUAUCAUGGACAGUAACUUAGGAAAAUAAAAAUUCUGUUAAUAUUACACUUUUAGGCCUUAAAAAUGUCUUCUACUACUGAAAAUCUUUUAAAUCAUUGUUUCUAUUACUCCCUCUCUCUGCCUCAGAAAGAGGAAUUGGAAAGAAAGGCUUAAAGGAAGUAGGAUCUUUGGUUUGUUGCUGAUCUAUCUUUUUUAAAAAGAAAACAAUUGUCUGUGUAAGCUGGGGUCUUAUUUUUGUGUUUGUGUACAGAAGAGAAACAAUACUGCCCCGAGCCUGUCAGAUUUAGUUUAAUCAAAUCAAUCAAAACUCCCAGUGUUCUGCUUCCCUAGUAUAUUUUUACAUAACAAAAGUAAACAUAAGUAUAGUAGAAGUGCUACUUGACAAGAGGAAAAGUAAUUUCUCAAGCACAUACCCAAACUUGAGGGAAAUAGAACCCAGAAUAACCAGGUGGCGGAGGGAGGGAGGACACCAAAUGGGGUGGAUGAAUAUAAGAAAGAUGUGUGGUCCAAAGCUAUCUGGUUAUAUUUUGAUGUUGCCAGUAUUGCAAAGCCAAAAUUUUAAUUUGCUUAUUUAAUAUGUCUUGGCCAGAGUUCUAUUUUUAUAUCAAUGUGCCUUGCAUGUAUAUUAAAAAAAAAAAAAUUGGAAAGGCCAUGUAGUCAUGCCUGAGAUAGUUGAUGGUUCUUACCACCUCACUAGUUUUCAUGCAGUGUGAAAUGCUUAUUCUAUUGCCCAACUGGUGCUCUCUGUUUAAAGAUCUUGUCACAAACUGGAACUAUUUUAUAAACUGGGGAAGUGGUUCACUUUUUUUUUGUAGUUUAAUUUUUUGUUCUUAGUCUAUUAGCGGCUGUUGUGUAGUGGGAAAUAGUAAAAGGAUUCUUCACUCCUUUUCCCUGUCCCCUCAGCACCUUCUUAAAGUAAAAUGAUGACACCAAUUCAUGUGUGCUUUGGAAAAUAAUUUCAGCUUACUAUCUCCUUUAGUGUUAUUUAAAAAGGAGAAAAAAAGUGUUAUGAAAAACAUUGUUUGCAAAAUCUAGGGAGAUAAAUGGAGUCAACUUUAAUUUGGAAUUCUGUGUGAGCUAUGAUCCCAAGUUAUCAGCUCUUUCCAACUUUAAAUUUUUUAUUGUUAAAGCACCUUGCUUAGAAAAUUUUAAACAUCUAUGUCUGCAACAAUUGUCUAAAAUUAAUGAACUGUGCAAUUCUUGUCAUUAAAAAAAUCUGCUCUCCCUAAUGUGACUUGUUAGUUUCUCUGUAUUUCCUGCCAGUGUAAAUGUGAAAAGCUUUGCUUGCAUUACCUUUUAGAAAUGCAUUUUGCACACUCAAAUUUUGCCGAAUCUCCGUGGAAAGGUUAGUUCUAAGUAGAUGAAUAAAGCUAUGCACAUGUUUUUAAUUUAAUUUGUGUGUCAUUACCCAAAGCGACCUAUUAUUACUUUGCUGUUCUUAGCUUUACUGUCUUUUGGAAACAUUGCUCAAACUUAUAGUUCUGGAUUAGCUCAUCAGAACUAAAGAGAAAACUGGCACCUAUUUUAAUAAACUUCAGUUCAAAAGAGAGCUUGACUUGUAUCUAUUAAAGGGCUUUUCUUGAAACAGGGCAGUUAAUAUCAGCUCUACAAACCAUUAGAUGCUCUUGCUUCCUUAGUAAAAUUUCAGUGUAUUUGAUCAAAUAGAAAUGGGAAGUAAUUCAAGUUGAAAUGAAGGAAGGACAUUUGCCACAUGGAGCUCUGUGACGAUUGUGUCUUAAAGCUGGUUUAAAAGUAGAGUAGCCUUUUUACCUUUAUUGCUUUAACAUAAAUGUGGUUUACUGAAUGAUUGACUUGAUUAGAAUCAUUCAGUUGUUUGAAGAUCAAAGCACAUGUUAUUUUAACAAUAAUGUAUAUCUUUAAAAUUGCCCAAGCUGAUUAGAACAAGUUUAGAAAUUGGGCACAUUUGGUUAAAUAGUUGCAGUCGGCAUGUACUAAAUAGCUUUACUUCACGUGUAUGUGUACUUACAAGAUAGUGUAGAUGUGCUGGCCAGGUUUUCUCAGAUCAUCUUUUAAAAGAUUGUUUUGUAAUCUCUUCAGUACCAUUGUAGGAGAGGCUAGUAAGUUUAAGUAGAAGUUAUCACUUAAAAGUAUUUUCCCCAUGCUCCUAGUAGUAAAAGAAAUAUUUCCAUUUAAAGCUUUUCCUAUAUAUAAAAGAGGAUUACUUCUUUGUCAUCAAGUAUGCUCUUGGUGUAUGUUGUUGACUUUGAGAACACAGCAAAACCCUUCUGUAUUUUCACUGAUAGUGGCAAUUAAAGACUAAAUAGUCUACUAUUCAAGACUCAAAAGUUGACUCGUAAUGCAUGGCCUUAUAAGGCAGAAGUGCAGGAGUGUAGCGAGCGCAUUAUCUUAGAUGGCUAUGGCUACUCUUUGGCAUCUGUCAGUUCACUUACGUUCAGUCUUAGAACAUACUGUAGGAGCACAGUAAUUUCUGUCUUGUGUGCAUAGGCAAUUAGGAGCUGAGUUACCUCUUAAUUUGGGGGAAAGGAAAACUAGUGGACUACAAUGUUAGAGGAUGUUUCUCCUUCCUUCUCCCAAAUUAAAAAAAAAAAAAAGUCUUAAUGUUUAUUUUGCC